AUGACGCACACUCCGAUAGCCAUCGACCGGACACAAAUGUCCCUCGGCUCUCCGCCGGCGGAGUUGGAGGUCAUAUCCUCCUCCCCCUCCCCCUCCUCCUCCUCUUGGCGCGUGACCCCGCGGCCACCUGCGCGGAUACAGGAGGACGGGGACGACGGCGGUGAGGGGAACCCGGAGGAGUUCAAGGACUUAACCGAUCAGGAACUGCAGGCGAAGUGUAAGCGACUGCGUACUUUCCAAGGUCCACUACCCGACGGCGGCCAGAAGUUUCGGAACUUGGUCCGCCGGGUGGAGAGGGAGCUUGAUCGCCGCGCCUCCGCCGGGCCGAGAAAGGUUGAGAUGGGUCGGAGACAGUCGGUGCAGACACCCAGUGGGAAUGAUCCCAAUGCCUCAAAAAGUGGCGAUGAGCGCAAUUGCAGCAACUUCGGUGGCAAACACCAUCUGAAAUCAUAUCUCACUCCACGUACAAAGAAUGGCAAGGUAAAGAAGCAGCAGGUUUAG